AUGAGUGACGCGACGACUUCUCUGCUCACAGAGCACUUCAGCUACACGCCCUUAGUCAAUGACAUUAUCAACUCAAUCAACAAUUUAAUCUAUCAAGCUAUUUCCAGUCUCGAGACGGGUCUAUUGGGAACGCCACCAGAGCGCCUGGGGUUUUCACAUGCGAACAACGGCUCGACGAUACCUGACACCGACGAAGACGGGAAUGUCAUUUACCCAGAGGCACAGCUGGAAAUUGAAAAUGGACUGCAUCAGCUAGAAACACUACUCGAGGCGACAGUCGACAAAACUUUCGAUAAAUUCGAGCUUUUCGUGCUGCGCAAUACGUUCAAAGUACCCGACGAUCUGAUGGGAUGGAUUCGUCUGAAGCACUACGAGAAUCUAUGUUUGGACCCCCCUUCCGAUGCCCCUACUCCAGAGACAAUCUCCGCCCAGCGAAAGAAGUUACACGAAACCAAGAAGUUGAAUCGGGCGCUGAAACAGGAAAGCGCACGGAACGAGGCCGUCAUUGCUCAGUUACGCUCCAUCCUGUCGAAUACGCAGACCGCAAAACAGGCGAACGAUGUCGCACCCAACGGUCAAUCGAAAUUGGACUUGUCAUUCUUGACUUCUAGCCCAGCUGCACAACAGCUACGUGUCGGCGCCGCUACGGGAUCAAAUACUCAACACACACCAGUCACCACGAACGCUACGUUUAUCCUGUCCCAGCUUCCCGCUCUACAAGCGCUGCUCAUAGAACUCCGGCCAAAAUUGGCAACUCUACCACAUUUUGGAGAUAAAAUGGACACGGAACCCAAAGCCGAUGCGAGACGCGAGUACAUUGAGAGCAGAGUUAGGCUGCACCUCGAAAGGGCUGGUCAGCUGGCGGUUGGUAGUGAUGGUAAUACCGUCGUUGCCGGCCGUAAGAUCGAUAUUGCAGAAGCACAGGCUCUUGAGGCUAUUACGGGAAUGCUUACACAAGGAGACAAGAAAUCAGCCUAA